AUGGACAGAGUUUUGCGAGCGUCGCGCGCAGUUAAACGGCCGGUCAUGUGGGCGCUGCCGGUGUUGCGCACGCGCAGCUACCUCGGGACCGUCGAGUUCUACGCUCACGCUGCGUCGUCCGGCUCGCUUGGUCCGCGUGACCUUUACUCGGUGAACUUAAGAAGCGUCUUUCGGUGUAAAACGUUCAUUAGGACAGCUUCAGCUCAGCACAGUUACAACCAGCACCGACGGGAGAGUGAGAAAGAUGGCAGGCGGUCGCCAGCGCCGUGGCUAAAGGUAUUCGUAGAAUGCGUGAUCUGUAUCGAGCGGUGGGUCGGAGGUGGGGGGUGCGGGGUGCGUUCGGAAGCGGUGGCAGCUCCCAUCGACUCCUGGGGUUAUUCUUCCUCAGGCCACUGCUGCUCGAGCUACGUACCAGGCGAGCCAGUUUUUUCUUACCAUCGCACCGCACGCCACACACUCGUUAAGCCCGUGCCAACACGAGAAGUCGCCACUAAUAAAUUACUGUUUUUUACUGCACUCGAACACGCCAGAACCCACAGUGAGUACUAG